CACCUUAAACAUUAUUAUUCACUAUAACACAAUACACAAAAAUGAAGCCAAUUGACGAGAAGCAAGAGAAGGUAACAAUAAGAGCGGUGAGUCACGACGAAGAAGGAAAAAAAAGAGUAGAAAAAACAGAGCUCAACACACACAACAUAGACACAAUCAAAUACGUUGAAAAGAAGCUCAUCAAUAAAGGUGUCCAGCGUCAGGAUCGCCACCCUGUCGACAACAUAGGAAUCAGCCGUCCGCCGCCGAAGUCCGGUCACGGCGGAAAGUUCACUUGGGAAGGUCCUGAUGACGUGGCUUAUAACGAAUUGAAUGCGGCGCCGGCGGCGAUUGAUGAGAAGGAUCCUAAUUAUGUGGAUGAGGAAGAGGAAGAUGAGACAAAGGAAUUUGUUGUUGGUGAGGUUGAUGUUGCUAAGGCUGUUGAGGAACGUGAUGGUGUUUCUAGAGUUGAUGUUGAUCCUCGUUUGAUACUUAAUUCACUCUGAAUCUUUUCGUAUGGAUUUAUUUUACUUUCUAAGUUGUAAUAAUCAAACAAGUGAAUUGUAAUAGUUCGUUUUAAUUUCUUUCUAAAAUCAUUUAGCAACUUCACUUUGUAUGUUAGAAAGCAGUGUUUCACCAAAUGCCAACUUCAAAUCUUUCUAAGCAGA